AUACAGCCCUGGCUGUAAAGCCCUUUGGGUGGCUUUUUAGCCAAUCCAAGCAUCUCCCUUGGGGUCAGGUCAGUGAAGCAGGCAGAAAAAGAAAAAUCCCCGUCUUCUGAUGAUUGCGCAAGAAUUCCAUCCAUGAGCUCGCAAUCGUCUGCAUUCAGGAUGGACCCCUUCUUCCACACUCAAGUUGGGGAUGUCCUUUACAUGUCCAGGCUGGUGAAUGACUCAUCCCUCUGGAAUUUCAGCCUGGGCAACUGGUUUCACAACCAAACCACCGAUGGGUUCCUUCCCAUGAGGAUGAAGGUCACAAUUGUGAUUGUCUACUCCAUCGUCUGCAUCGUGGGGCUGGUGGGCAACUGCUCGGUCAUGUACGUGAUCAUCAGAUUCACCAAGAUGAAGACGGCCACCAACAUCUACAUCUUCAACCUGGCCUUAGCUGACACCUUGUGCCUCAUGACCUUACCUUUCCAAGGCACGGAUACCUUCAUGGGCUCCUGGCCCUUUGGAAAUGCCCUCUGCAAGAUUGCCAUCUCCAUUGACUACUACAACAUGUUCACCAGCACCUUCACCCUGACCAUGAUGAGCGUGGACCGCUACAUCGCCAUCUGCCAUCCCAUCAAGGCCCUGGACAUCCGUACCCCUCACAAGGCCAAAGUGGUCAACGUCGCCAUCUGGGCAUUAGCUUCUGUCUUUGGCAUCCCAGUUAUGGUGAUGGGCUCCACGGAGAGAGAAAAUGACGAAAUUGACUGUCUCAUUAGACUUCCUGAACCAGAGGACUAUUGGGAACCCAUUUUUGGAAUCUGCAUUUUUCUUUUCUCCUUCAUGAUCCCAGUGAUGGUGAUCACCAUCUGCUACAGCCUCAUGAUCAGGCGCCUGAAAAAUGUCCGGGUCCUCUCUGGAUCAAAGGAGAAGGACAGGAACCUCCGGCGCAUCGCUCGGUUGGUUCUCAUUGUAGUGGCCGUCUUCAUCAUCUGCUGGACCCCUGUUCAUAUCUUUGUCCUGGUCCGAAGUCUUGGAGCCAAGGCCGAUAAUGAACUCAGUUUAUCCAUCUUGUACUUCUGCACCGCCUUGGGCUACACCAACAGCUGUCUGAACCCUGUUCUCUACGCGUUCCUCGAUGAGAACUUCAAGACGUGCUUCAAGAAGUUCUGCUUCCCGUCCUCCUUCAGGAAGGAGCUUCAGAUGUCCAACCGCAUGUGUAGCAUCGCCAAGGAUGUGGCCUACGCCUGCAAGAACUCCGACGGGACUAACAAUCCAGCAUGACUAGGCGUGGAACUCCCCAUGGUUCCUGUCAGUCAGCAGAGCCCAACCACGCCAACGUCAGAGCUAACGCAGAUCACGGCUCUUUGAAGAUCGUGGCUCUUUGUCUUGACCCAGGAUUGGAGAGCCAUGGGGAGCUGGAACGUUUUAAAGCCUCACUCCCACCGUUUUGCGAAGUGAGUCAGCAGGAAGCAAGAAUUCAAUGCUUCCUCAUCUUUGACGAUUGUAUCGGGAUUUGAACUCCAAGAUACUUUAAGGUGACAAAUUUCUGGAGUUCUGUGUUGACAGACGUGCAGCUAUUCAGACUUUUCCUCCUUAAACCUGCAUUUCUCUCUCCGUGUGUGUGUGUGUGUGUGUGUUUGUCUGUGUGCUUGUGUGCUGUGUGUGCCUGUUGAGAAAAGACGCUCAAGAAGUGGGAAAAGAGAACAAAUGUGCUGAUAGAAGACCCUAACGUUGAGACUCCAUGUCAACAUCUACAAAUGAGACUCGGCGGUGUCGCCAUUAACACCUUGUCUAGAAUCGUUCUAACAUUCUGUCAGCACUGUCGGUUCUGCGGGUUUCGCACACAUCAAGCCAUGGCUAGAGACUCACAGCAAAAACCUGGACGUCCUUGUCAACAACUUAGCAGCAAGGAGCUGAAAGAGUCAAAGUGUGUACCUUUGCACACUUUAGUGGCUUGAAGAGCCUCACAAAUUGUAGGUAGCACCGGGAAAGAGUCCGAAACUUAAUGCUCACUGGAAUCCUUGGGCCAAAGGAAAGUGAAAAAUAGAGAAGGGUGGGGUUUUUUUUUGAAGUUUGUUUUUAAUGCUGUUUUCCAAACAGCAGAGGCCUAGAGGGAUUUCUCGCAGGUGUUGAAUUGCCAUAAUUUUUCAAGACAACUGUCUUUGGUGGUUAGGUAAGCUGUAACAACGUUCUUUCGCAGGAGAAUCCAAAUUCUGAAAUCAGUGACUCUACAAACAUGGAUAGACAGUUGCAUGCAGCUGCAGCCUCCAGAUCCUGUACAGUGACCAAGUUGGGGAAAGUCUUCCCUUGUGCUUUUUUUCUCUGCUUUGCAAAAGACUCGCGUGUAUUCCUUCACCUGGAUGUACUCUAAAAGGUUGGAUUGAGAGGGACUCUUAAUUUUAGUCACAUCUUAAUCUGAUGUGAAGUGGAACAAUUGCAACUGGUUGAUGCUGGCCGCCAGGUCAAGGGAUUAAAAUUAGACGUUCCAGGAGUGGGUGGAUUUAAGGACGACACUUCUGAACCCUGCUUUUUGAAUUCAGGGUUUCUGGCAGAAAUCUAAGAUGACGCAUUGAGCUGAUUAGAGUUUUUCAAGUAGGUGGAAAAGAACAAACAUGGCCCUUUUUUUGUGGACAAAGAGAUAGAAGUAGACAAUUAAAAUUAACUGUGCUGACUCCUAAGUAUCAGAUCAGGAAAAAACAACCUUGGUUCCAUUCAAACUUAGUAUUCCUUUCUAAACAGCCAGAAGCCGCUGCUGUUUGGGGUGCAGGGCAGAUUGUCCUCCUGUUUUACAGCUCCAUGAUUUGGAACGUGCAGGUAGACUUCUCCUGAAGAGGGAGGUUCUAUAGAGCUGGCAUGCCGGGUUUCAGUUUAUAGAAAGACACACGUUGCAGCUGUGUGUGUUUCAAAGCUUUGCAAAAUGAAUGGAAAAUGGAUUUGGUCUUCUCCCCAAGAAAGUGCUCAGAGAUCAAGAUAUUUUCUUGAUCGAUGGUUGCAAAUUCUUUAUAGAGACUUGUAUAAAUUUAUGUUUUGGGCAGAUCCACUGACCAAAAAAAACCCUAACAACCACCAACUCUUUUGCAUAAUCUGUGUUUUUUAUUUUCUUAUUGAUUUUCCUACAAUGAAAAGCAGCUUCCCGAGGUGGCAGUUCAGAGCUGAAGUAUGGAAAAAUUGCAUGGAUUGAUGUUGAGAUCCAGUGGAUCACCGGGUGAGGAAGACAUAACUUUCUGCCUCUUCGCCACUUUUGCUGUACCACUUGUGGAGUGCGUUGGUCCCGAUCUUUGCCUCUUUGCAGUCUUUCUGUAGUUGUGCCAGAUCUUAUCAGCCUUCAACGAAUGGAGCAACAGAAAGGUCCAAAGAUCACAUCCUUUGCUGUGACCGUCUAGCGAAAAUAGCUAAUUACAAUGAGUUCCACUUAACGCUGUUCCCAUCGUUCCUGCAUUUCUUCUCAUUGAUCCUUCUUUCUGUGGCCAUUUCCUCCUGUCAAGGAAAAGAGGCCUAGAGAACUUUUCAGUGAAAGUCCACCCAGAUUUGUGGGUGGAGACAUCUCUGCAUCUCUUCAAGUCGAAGGACAAAAGAAGUUCUGCAGAAGUUUCCCAAGAGCAAGCUGCCUUCUUCGUUGCAAUGGUAGCACAGUUGCUAAAAAUGCCCCAUGCUGGAAGGAAAACAAGAAGACAUCAAGGAGGAUGAAGGAAAAAAAAGAUGCUGAAAAGAAAGAAAAAAGAAACAAAAAAGAUGCUGAGGUCCUAGAAAGAAUGCUGAGAAGAGCAACAAAGAGGAUAAGGGAUCUGGAGGCUAA